AUGUCGACAAGGUGUUGGAUAAAAGCUCUGAUGUCUGAAAGUUCUGACGGUCAAGUGAAAGAGAAGAACAAAAAAGAAGUUUUCCCAUCUGGUGCUCAGUCUGAAAGCUCCGACUGUCAAGUGAAAGAGAAGAGCUCAAACGAAGUUUUCUCUGGUGCUCAGUCUGAAAGCUCUGAUGCUCAAGUUGAAAAGAAGAGCGCAAAUGAAGUUUAUCCAUCUGGUGCUCAGUCUGAUAGCUCUGAUGGCCAAGUAAAAAAGACGAACUCAAAUGAAGUUUCCCCAUCUGGUGCUAAGUCUGAGCUUUUGAAGGAAACAAAGAUUCAGAAUGGACCCUUCUCUACGCAGGCGGUAGAAUCAAAAAAUGAAAAAGAUGCUCAGUCGUCAAACACAUCAUCAAAGGAAUACAGUUGGAAUCUUUGCAAUACCACUGCUGGCCCUGAUUUUAUCCCAUGCCUAGACAAUUGUGAGGCCAUCAGGAAUCUCCAUAGUACCAAACAUUAUGAACAUCGAGAGAGGCACUGUCCAGAAGUAUCACCAACCUGCCUUGUUCCUCUUCCUGAAGGAUACAAAUACCCAAUUCCGUGGCCAAAAAGUAGGGACAAGAUUUGGUACAGAAAUGUUCCCCAUUCCCAACUAGUAAAAUUUAAAGGAGGUCAGAAUUGGGUGGAAAUUUCCGGGAAUUACUUAACAUUUCCUGGUGGUGGAACCCAGUUUAGGAGAGGUGCACUUCAUUAUAUUGACUUCAUACAAAAGUCUGUGCCUGAUAUAGCAUGGGGAAAACGCUCUCGUGUGCUGUUGGAUGUUGGAUGUGGGGUUGCCAGCUUUGGAGGUUAUCUUUUUGAAAGAAAUGUGAUCACUAUGUCGUUAGCACCAAAAGAUGAACAUGAAGCUCAAGUACAAUUUGCACUUGAAAGGGGAAUUCCUGCUGUGUCUGCUGUGAUGGGUACUAAGAGACUUCCCUACCCUAGCAGUGCAUUUGAUAUUAUUCACUGUGCACGAUGUAGAGUGCCAUGGCACAUUGAAGACGGUAAACUCCUUUUAGAGCUCAACCGUUUGCUACGACCUGGUGGUUUCUUUGUGUGGUCUGCUACUCCUGUUUAUCGGAGAAAAGGUGACGAUGCUGAUAUCUGGAAAGCUAUGAUUGAACAAACAAAAUCUUUGUGUUGGGAGUUCUUAAACGAAACUAAAAUGGAACCAGUAAAUAAGGUGGCUAUAGCAACAUUUAGAAAGCCUAAAUCUAAUGACUGCUAUGAGCGAAGGCCACAGCAAGUCCCUCCAUUAUGUCCUGAGUCCGAUGAUCCAAAUGCGGCGUGGAAUGUAUCACUUCAAACAUGCAUGCACAAAGUGCCCGUAGAUGUAUCAAAACGUGGGUCUAAGUGGCCUGAGCUUUGGCCAGAAAGGUUGGAAAAACCACCUUAUUGGUUGUCGAGUUCCCAAGUUGGAGUUUAUGGCAGAGCAGCACCAGAGGAUUUUACUGCCGACAUUGAGCACUGGAAACAGGUGGUCACCAAGUCAUACAUGAAUAGUAUGGGAAUAGACUGGUCAUCUGUCCGAAAUGUCAUGGACAUGAGAGCUAUUUAUGGAGGAUUUGCUGCAGCACUCAAAGAUAAGAAUCUAUGGGUCAUGAAUGUCGUCCCGAUCGACUCUCCAGACACACUUCCCAUCAUAUAUGAAAGAGGUCUGUUCGGUAUAUAUCAUGAUUGGUGUGAAUCAUUUAGCACUUAUCCGAGAUCUUACGAUCUUCUCCAUGCUGACCAUAUAUUCUCCAAGGUUCAAAAGAGGUGCAAUUUCAUUGCUUUAGUUGCCGAGGUCGAUCGAAUACUAAGGCCAGGAGGGAAGCUUAUUGCUCGGGACCAUGUCGAGACUAUUAGCGAGCUGGAGGAUAUAUUCCGGUCCAUGCAUUGGGAAGUCGAGAAGAUAUACUCGCAGGACAAGGAAGGGUUGAUUUGUGUCCAGAAAUCGAUGUGGCGACCUACGGAGAUCGAGACGCUCACGCACGCCAUUCCUUAG